CGUUUUCUCUUUGCAGUCUUGCAUUUGGCUGGCGCCAAGAUACCACAGAAUAGUCACCACCGGCUUCCAGUAAUUAAGCAAUUAACUAACAUAUCCUCCAGUAAACAUGAACCACUCAACAAGAUGGGCAGCUUCGUGGACCGGAACCCCGCACACUAUCUUGGUCAAUGCGGCGAGCCGGUUGACGAACUGCCAGCCCACGCGUGAGUGUUUCUGCCCGCAACUGGCCACCGGACAAGGCCCGCCUGUGUCGUCUCAAUCUUUUACAAGUGUACGAGUCGGGGCACUGUCCAUGACGAUGGCCAACGUACGUGGUUGUCGCAAAUUGAUUACGACGGAUACAGAGACUGCCCCGGCUCUGUCUGCCCUUUUGUGA